AUGAAGAGCUCAAACUUUUCUCCAAAUCUGGGCCUUAGAUCUGGUCAGAGGCGGGCGGCGACAUGUGACUGGACGCCGUGUCUGCCUUUGAUCCCGCCGGCCCCUUUGAAUGGGCUGCCAGUGGGCUGCCAGUCUGCUGCCAGUGGGCUGCCAGUGGGCUGCCAGUGGGCUGCCAGUCUGCUGCCAGUGGGCUGCCAGUCUGCUGCCAGUCUGCUGCCAGUGGGCGGCCAGUCUGCUGCCAGUCUGCUGCCAGUUGGCUGCCAGUGGGCUGCCAGUCUGCUGCCAGUGGGCUGCCAGUCUGCUGCCAGUGGGUUGCCAGUGGGCUGCCAGUCUGCUGCCAGUGUGCUGCCAGUGGGCUGCCAGUCUGCUGCCAGUCUGCUGCCAGUGGGCUGCCAGUGGGCUGCCAGUCUGCUGCCAGUCUGCUGCCAGUGGUUUGGAGAUGUUCACCUAACUGGAGGUGGUGAACAGGACCCCCCAGAGGUCCUGAGGGUCUCCAUCCAGAUAUUGGUCAGCAGAACGAUGCAGAAGCAGACUGAGGCGGUGGAAAUGGUUCCCACCCUGUGGGCGGCUGCCCACCAGACCCCCCCCACCCCAGAAUGCUCCUCCUCUGAGCCUCUGACC